AAUAGCAGCACAUAAUUAUGCUUAGCAAAUCAUCCGGUCAAGUGUGAAAGUUGUGAGUUAGUAAAACAGAUGACGGACCAAUACGUGCACUGCAAUGGACGAACGGAUGGUUCGGCUGCCGUGAAGCACCCCCAGACAGCAACGAUGACGGCGAAAACGGGGUCCAACCAAAACAUGAAUUGGCUUAUUCACUGUUUGUACACAAGGAAGGAUUAUUCCUUAUGCAAGAAACUGAUCGAUAGGCAGCUUACUAUCAACUAUGAUAAAGAAUAUCUGUAUUAUGUAAAGGGAAUGAUUCUGCGUGACGAAGAAAAUUCAACCGAAGCUCUCAAUUGCUUCCAGCAAGCAAUUAUAGCCAACAAUAAAAAUGCGGAAAAUUAUAAAGAGCUUGCAAAAACUUUCUUCAUCAUGGGACGGUUCAAGCAGUCGUUGGAGGUGUUUCUCAAGGCGGAAACAUUGCUUGAGCGUCCGGAUCAUGAGGUUUAUCACUUUAUCGGAGAACUUUUUCAUCGUAACUUUGGCCAACCGAAGGCUGGAAUGGCGGAAGCCAAAGAGUAUCUCAAGCAGUCGGUGAUGUGUGGCAAACACGUAGACAGUUACAAGAUUUUAGCUGAAAUAUUCAUCGAUGAAGGCGACAACGUGAAAGCCAUCGAAAUGAUCGAAAGCUGUUUACAAUUAACGCAAGACGACGUCGCCCUCAUGACUCAGAUAGGAAUCCUCUACCUGAACAUCAACGAUUGUCAAAAGGCAUUCGAAAAACUGCUGGAUGCAAUCUCCAUCGACGAUAAGUGUACAACGGCUUUGCUGGCACUUGGAUCGAUUCUGCAAUCAAAAAACGACAUUGACGGUGCGUUGAACAAGUACAAAAGAAUUUCCAACCUGCCAGAUGAGGGAUCCGAAGUGUGGAGCAACAUCGGGCUUUGUUUCUUCAAGAAGCAGAAAUACAUUGCGGCAAUUUCCUGCCUGAAAAAAGCGGUUUGGGUGGCUCCGUUGAAUUUCAACGCGCUGUACAACCUAGGACUGGUGUUGGUAACAUCCCAACAAUAUGUUAGUGCUUUUCAAACAUUAGCGGCAGCGAUUAGCCUCCGACCAGACAACGCAGAAUGUUAUAUGCUGUUAGGAACAUGCCUGCGGCACCUCAAUGAUCCCGGAAAUGCGUAUCUGUCACUGGAGAAGUCAACUAUGCUCCCGGAUGCGAUUAAGAAUCCUCUUAUCUAUUUGAACUUUGCACUUUACUGUUUCGAAAUCGGCAAACCGGAACAAUCGGUUUCGCAUUUGUCCAAUUUUCUUGAAAUGACCCAGCACAUCAACGUUCACCGUGAGUAUUUAAAAAUGGCAGACAGACUGAAUGCAGCAUUGUCAUUGCCAACGCUAUCACCACCAGCGGAAGGAAAUGUGACCGACGGGAUCGCGACAUCAAAGGUAAACUGGGACCAGGGAUUACACACCGAAAGCGCCAGAAUCUUUUCAGCGGAUGCUACCAAAAGAAACCGAAGUGAAAAUAACCGAGACGAGAAAUUAGUUGAUGUAACUGAGUGGAAAAAUCGACCAAAUUAGAUGGUCGUGGUUUCAAAUGUCGGUCCGGAGUGGAGCGGAGCCCAGGAGUUUGAUUAGGGGUAUCAUUCUAGGAGCUAUAUUAAAGUUAGGUUCAAGCGAGCAUGAGCUAUUCAUUUACUGAGCAAAUUAGCAGGAUUCUUUGAUGACAAGAUAAUCCGGAAAUAGUGAAAUGAAAUAAAAACCA